UUUCUCAAUAAAGUUGAUUUAAUCUCUUCAGGAUUAAGAUUAAAUUAAAAUUUUCCAAAAAAGAAAAACGAAAAUUUAAUCCAAUUGAUUAACUAAUCAAUUCGAAAGUUAAAUCAUUAACAAAGUUAACAUUUUGUUUCCAUUUUCAUGGUCAACCUUUUCUGCUUUUGGUCAGUUGAUAUUCUGAUUAAUUGAUUAUCAAUGUUUCCAAUUUGAUUGAUUAAACUUUUUUUUUUACAAUCGAAAUUCAAAAAGGAGGAAAAAAAGAAUUUCAAAAUCUAGAACAUGAUAAAUGUUCUGAAUUCUGGUUUUUCGGUUAAUUCGAAAAGAAAAAGAGAGAGAGAAAAAAAGGAAAAUGAAUGUUUUCUUUUCUCUUCUGUAUCAAUAUUAUCCAAUUGUCUCUCAUGAAUCAAUCCUGAAAAACGAUUAUAAUUAAUCACCAGUAAAUCUACAUGAUAGGAAUCACAAUUACAAUUACAAUUUGUUUUCUCCAUUCUGUCUCUUUCUUUUCUCUUUCUUUUUCUAUUUUUUUGGGUUACUUCUGGUUCCUCUUUCUAUCUCUGUCUAUUUUAUCUCUCUCUUUCUACAAUUUCCCUUUCGACUUCACAAUGUUUUGAUCUUCAAGUGUCAUUUGGUUUUCUCCUCAUUCAGUUCACCUUACCUGUGAUCCUUUACUUACCUGAGAUCAAUAAUCUUUUUUGUUUCCUUGUGAUCAAUCUGAUGAAAUCUUUUUGCUCCUGGUUAACUCAAUGGACUCCAUGUAUUUAUAUUUACAUCUAAUUGGUUAUAGAGAGAUUCAGAUUCCAUGAAUUUUCAGGAUCAUCAUCAUCAUCGCCAUCAUUAGUUUUCCUUCAUCAUCUCUUACCUUGUGUGUCCACCUUUGGAUAAAAGCAUAAUAAUAAUAAUAGUAAUCACUCAACAUUGACCAUCGUCCAUGAUCAUGAAAAAGAUCUGGUCAAUAUGAUUGAAUCAUUUAUCCAUUAUGAUUGUAAAUAUGUAUUAUUAUUAUUUUCAUGAUAUUAUUCAUGAUUACAUUUGAUUAACCAGGAAAAAGCAUUAAGUCAAUAACUUGUAAGGUAAAUUGAAUAAUCAGCUGAUUGUUUACUCUAAAUACAUUUGAUGAUAAUCAACCGUUUAUCCAAAUAAUGACCAAUGAAACAAAUAAUAAUAAUAAUAAUUAUCACUACGAUUCGAUAAUUAAUCCAAUCAGUCAAUGGGAAUUGAUUGUUAAAUUUAUGACCUCAGUUCGUGAAAAUAAUGUUACCUUAGCCAAGACAAUUCUUGAUGAAAAUCGUGGUCGAUUUGAUCCCGACGAGUUUACCUGUCUCGAUGAAUGUACCUCACCUUUGGCCAUUGCCAUCGAACGGGAUUAUCCCCAAAUGGUCCAGUUAUUGAUUAACUUUGGUGCCUCAGUAACACGUUUCGUUAACGGGUCAAGUCCACUUCAUCUUGCCGCUCUCGGUGGCUCAUUGGAAAUCGUUAACUUGCUCAUUAAAGCUCAUGCCAAUGUGGCCUCCGUUUCAAACUAUGGUUCAACUCCGUUACAUUUAGCAGCUCAGACAAAGUCCCAUGAUAUUGUUGAAGCGUUAAUUGUGGCUGGAGCUCCAUUAGAAAAGACUGAUUCUGAUGAUCGAACCCCUUUGGCCAUUUCAUGUUCUAAUAAUCGUAUCGAAUGUGCCAGAGUAUUGAUAACCUAUGGAGCUAAUGUAAAUGUUACCGAUAAAAAUGGAAACACACCUUUACUUGAAUCUCUUAAUCAAUAUCUUGGUGUUAAUUAUGAUCUGAUUAAAUUGUUACUCGAUUCUGGUGCUAAUCCAAAUCAUAUGAAUAACUUUGGACAAAUACCUUUGGUCAAUGUUAUUCGAAGGUCAAGUGAAACAAAUCUCGAAGGUGCUCUCUCGGUUAAAGAGCUAAUUGACCACAAUGUACUUAUCGAUUGUUCCGAAUUCAGUGUUUCCGGUGAGAAUGCUAUUCACUCAGCCAUCUCUCAUAAUCAACAUCGACUCGUUGAGAUGUUAAUUCGUGCUGGUGCUGACCUGGAAAUUAAACACAACGGACUAACACCGUUGGAUAGACUUGCCGUUUAUGGACAAAUUGACCUGGUUAAACUGAUCCUUGCCGCUGGAGCGAAACCUCAACUUGAUAAACAAACAUGGCAACAAUUAAGAGUCCGAUCUGGAAAUGAUUAUCGACAAAUUAUCAACACAAUCAACGAAUGGACGUCAAGUGUACCAACGCUUGCGAAAAUUUGUCGAAUCAGAUUGAGACAAUUUCUUUCUCGAAAAGCUGAUCAAUUGAUUACCAAUCAUCUUUUGAUACCUUCAUCGAUUCGUAGCUUUCUGUUAUUCAAUAAUCUUUAAUAACAAUUAACAAUCAACUCGACGGCGACUUUAUCCUUGAUUGUCAAUCGAUCAAUACAAUUGAACACAACAAAAAUAACUCAAUUUAAAUUGUUCUCAUCUACAAUCAGCAGUAUCACAAUGAAACAAUUAAACAUUGGCCAAUGUUAAAUAUCAGCAUGAAAACAAACAAUACUAAUCGUCAACAAUUAACUUCAACAACAAUUAACAAAUAACUUGAAGGUGAUUAAUGUUUUGUAUCAGUUUAAUGCUGGUUGUGUUUGUUAAAUUAAUUUAUGGCAUAUCAUCCGGGAGUUAAUUGUACAUGAAAAAAUUAAUGAUCAAGAAAAUAACAAAAAAAAUUAGUAUUAUUAUUGUUAACAAAUUAUAUUGUAAUUAAGGCAAAAAGAGUUAAAAAAAAGUUAAUAUGAUAACAUUGAUUGUUAUUUAUUGGGUUUGGGUUAGUUUUUAAAGGUGGACACUGAAGCCAGCUUAAGUGUACUCGAAACGGCCUUUUGAAGGGGAAAGUUUUUGGCCUCAUCUUCCCGACAACUACCAGUCCAAUCGUCGUAGUUUAGAGCAUAGGUCAUGACACCGCCGAGUCGAUGAGCGGCUGAAUAUCUUGAUUUGAUUGAGAGACUUCGUUCAUUUUCAUAGGAAAUCCAAUCAUAGUUUCGAUGGGCAAACGGAACUUGACCUUUCUCAUCGAACUCACU